AUGGCCGCCGCCCACAGCGUCCAAGUCAACAUGGGACGCUGGGCUGCCGUCCCUUAUUGUGGGAGCUGGUGUGAAAACUGGCUCUCUUACCCUAGGCCGGUUUGUGUCGCGGCCCGGGAUACAGCUGAAAACGAAGAUCAUAGUGUUCCUUUUGACACUAAUGAGAUAUUCCAAUCAGAGGAUGACGCUAUUUUGCGCGUACAAGAGAUUGCAAUCAGCAAUGGUUUUGAAUUAGUGAGAGAUUCGCAGCAGGACAACGGGAAAACACUAGAAGAAUCGCGAAACAAGAAUGGAAUACCAUAUCAUGGUUAUCCAUUUUACCACCUCAAUUCUGUAGUUUCGCACCAUUGUUUGCAAAAGUUGCACAAGGAGUAUGAAAAGAUGCAGACAAAGGGAGACAAGUUUGUGACAGUGGACGCGAGUCUAGCGAUUCAAGUUUCUGAUCUCAACCCAUUUUGGGCUAAUCUCAAUAUCGACGAGAGUCCCGUCAAUACUAGGCCUGAUGGGCUGUCAGAUAAUCAAGUCUUGUGGAAACAUUUGGUUGGCGUUGUCAAGAAUGAAGAUCCAUUGGUUAUCUGCAGGGCGAAUUGUUGGCUCUAUGAUCAAAUUUACCUAGAUAGAGGGCCUUCAAAGCAACCGGAGAAUAAGAAAAAAGGCAAGGGACGCCCAAAAGGAAGCAAGAACAAGCCACACGAACAAGUUUAUACUAAAUGGGAUUUUCGGCAGCCUGACGAGUUUGCUCAAGAUGUAAUACAACAAAGCAUUUAUGAACAUGGUGACCUAGAGAGGAUUGUGCCUUUUAUGAUUCCCUACAUUACUGGAUAUGUUGAUGUGGUGGGUGAUGGAAAGUGUGGAUUCCGCAUUAUGGCGAGCCAUUUGUUUGGAUCCGAGUAUCAAUGGCAUAAUGCUAGAAGAAUUGGUGCAGAUGAGCUAGAGGAAAGUCCAAAUUUGUACGAUUUCUUCUUCGAAAGGGACAUUUCCAGGCAUGUUCACCGCAUACGAUGGUAUGAGAGUCCUUGGUUUUAA